GGGUCAAAAUUUUAGAGUGGAACAUCUCUAAACGCCGUUUUAAUUUCCUGCAAAAUGCAACAAAGGGCGCGUUCGUCAUGGCGCGUCAGACUUACAUUCAUGGCUUUGGGAAUGCUGCUUUGGAGAGAGGUAUGCGCACAAAUACGAUAUUCUCUUUCUGAGGAGCAGAAAGAAGGAUCUGCGGUCGGAAACCUUGCGAAGGAUUUAGGUCUCGAUACCAGAACGUUAAAGGAGAGAGGAUUUCGGAUCGUUUCAACUUCAGGCGACUCGCUGUUCACGGUAAAUCAGAAUGACGGGAUUUUAAGUGUAAAUGGAAAGAUAGAUCGCGAGGAGGUGUGCGAGAGAAGCAGCUCGUGUGUCAUCAAUCUAAAAAUCGCGCUAGAAAACCCUUUGGAAAUUCACUACGUGUCGAUUGAAAUCUUGGACGUCAAUGAUCAUGCUCCGACAUUCCCAGAAAAAGAAAAGCGGUUGGAAAUAUGGGAAUCUGCCCUACCUGGAGCUCGGUAUCAGUUACAGGCGGCGCGGGAUCCCGAUGGCGGCAUGAACUCUGUUCAACAAUAUAAACUCAGUCAUAAUGAUAAUUUCCGCAUAGAGGUUAAAGAUCGCGGAGAAGAUCGCAAAAUGCCCUUUUUGAUUCUUCAAAAGCCUUUGGAUAGAGAAACAAGCCAUAGACACAAGCUAGUCCUCACUGCGCUCGAUGGAGGGCGACCCCCAAAGUCUGGAACAAUGGAUAUAGUAGUUGACGUUUUAGAUGUUAAUGACAAUAUGCCAGUUUUCACACAAGAACUUUACUCUGUGACGCUUCAAGAAAAUGUCCCGGUAGGCACAACUGUUAUACAGGUUAAUGCUACUGACAUGGAUAAUGGUCCAAAUGGAGACAUUUUUUAUUCGUUUGGAAAGGAUAUAGACAAUAGGCUAAUACAACUUUUUGAUUUAAACUCCAGUACUGGAGAAAUGACUGUGAUUGGCCCAAUAGAUUUUGAAGAGAUGAAUAACUUUGAAAUAGAUAUCCAAGCAUCAGACAAAGGACCUGUUCCUCUCACAUCAGAUAAGAGUAUAACCAUAAAAAUCGUUGAUGUAAAUGACAAUGUGCCUGAGAUUGAAGUGACAUCAUUUUCAAGUGCUGUGCCUGAAGACUCUAAAAUUGGAACCACAGUGGCUUUAAUCAGCGUCAGUGAUUUGGACUCUGGUGUAAACGGGAAAGUGUUAUGCUACAUAACUGAAGAAAUACCUUUCAGACUAACGGCAUCAUCCCAAGAUAACAUUUACGCACUGGUUACCACCUCAUCUCUUGAUAGAGAAGCUGUGCCUCGCUAUGACAUCACGUUAGUAGCCAAAGAUGCUGGGCAGCCACCUCUGUCUUCAGUUAAAACUAUAACUGUGCAGGUAUUCGAUGUAAAUGACAAUAGUCCAGAAUUUUCUCUUUCACCCUAUGCCUUUUAUGUGAUGGAAAACAAUGUUCCAGGCAAAUCUUUGUUUUCUGUAUCUGCUUCUGAUCGUGAUUUAGAUGAAAAUGCUGUUGUACACUAUAACAUUUGGAGAGACUCUGGAGAUGAAAACAAAUACGUGUCUUUCAUUAAUAUUAACUCUGAAAAUGGGGAGAUUUAUGCGCUUAAGAGCUUUGACUUUGAAACUGUUAAAAUGUUCCAGUUCCACGUUGUUGCUACAGACUCUGGAACUCCAUCUCUGAGCAGUAACGUGACAGUGAACGUGUUUAUUCUGGAUCAGAACGACAACGUUCCAGUGAUCUUAUAUCCAGUCAGCGCUAACGGUUCUGCUGAGGGUGUGGAAGAGAUUCCCCGUAAUGUGAACGCAGGUCAUUUGGUGACUAAAGUCAGAGCCUAUGACGCAGAUAUAGGAUACAACGGCUGGUUAUUAUUUUCACUGCAGGAAGUUAGUGACCACAGUCUCUUUAGUUUGGACCGCUAUACAGGACAGAUAAGGACCCUUCGCUCAUUCACAGAAACAGACGAGGCCCAGCAUAAACUGCUCAUACUGGUCAAAGACAAUGGGAACAUUUCACUCUCAGCAACAGCGACUGUGAUUGUCAAAGUUGUGGAGCCCAAAGAGGCUUUUGCAGCUUCUGAUGUGAAAAACGUAGUAAAAGACGAGGAGGAAAACAACGUGACAUUUUAUUUGAUCAUCACUUUGGGCUCGGUUUCAGUGCUUUUUGUCAUUAGCAUCAUCGUACUUAUUGUAAUGCAGUGCUCUAAAUCGACAGACUAUUCAUCCAAGUAUUUACAGGAUACAAAUUACGACGGGACUCUGUGUCACAGCAUCCAGUACAGAUCUGGAGACAAACGGUACAUGCUGAAGGACCCUGAAUCUGAAUGA